AUGAAGCUCACCCACAGCACCCUGACCCUCGCCGCCUGGGCCACCACGACCCUCCACCCAUCCUCCGCCGUCGCCGCACCCCCAAACCCCGCGUCAUGCUACGCGACCUGGGGCCUGGAGGGCUUCGCGCACACGAACCCCCUCGGGCCGACGACGGGCGGCGCGUCCGGCCCGACAGUGACGGUGACGACGGCGGCGGCGCUGCAGUCGGCGGUGGCGGGGACGGAGCCGCGCGUGGUGGUGGUGCAGGGGCGGAUCGAGCUGCCGUCGCGGCUCAAGGUCGGGUCCAACAAGUCGGUCGUCGGCCACGCGGACGCGUCGGCGCACAUCACGGGUGCCGGGCUCGACGUUUACAAUGGCGACAACGUCGUGCUGCAGAACCUCAAGAUCUCCUUCAUACUCGACAACGACUCCAUCACCAUCCGUAACUCGACGAGGGUUUGGGUGGAUCAUAAUGAGUUUGAGAGCGACUUGGAUGGUGGGCCGGAUAAAUAUGACGGUCAAAUCGACAUCAUCCGCGCCUCUGACUGGAUAACCGUGUCGUGGAACUACCUGCACGACCACUGGAAGUCUUCGCUGGUCGGCAACGACGCCACCUUCCGCGACCUCGACUCGGGCCACCUGCACGUCACGUACCACCACAACCACUGGCGCAACUCGGGGACGCGCGGUCCCGCCGGCCGCUUCGGCCACCAGCACGUCUACAACAACCUGUACGAGGACUACCGGUACCAGGCCAUCCACUCGCGGAGCGACAACCAGGUCCUGGUCGAGGGCAACGUCUUCAGGGGAGACCUGACGGGCGAGGCCCUGAGCACCUACGGGCUCGUCAUCCCCAUGGACAGCCCCAACACGUGCGAGUGCGGUGAUGAGGAGCUUGAUGGGUUUGCGAACUUGGGAGCGGCCAACGACUGGGGCAAAGGAACGGUUAACAUCACUCAGGUCGGCAACUUUACCAAGGCACCAUAUGAUUACAAGCUGACGCCCCUGGAGCUGGUCGAGAAGGUGGUGAAGAGUGGUGCUGGUAUUGGGAAAAUCUAA